UAAUCAGGUCAGCCAGCUACUGCUCUCAGUGCAGUCCAACUCAUAUGAUCAUGUUUCUUUCAGUUGUGCUGCUAUGGAUCUGCGUUUUCUUUAUCAUCCUUCAGGUCAAAUCCAAGAGGCCAAAGAACUUCCCACCAGGACCCCCAGUCUUUCCCAUACUGGGAACCAUUUUGCAGCUGAGUUUAGAGAACCCCUUGAAGGACUUUGAGAGGCUGAGGAAGUCUUAUGGAGAUGUCUACAGUAUUUACAUUGGCCAGAAACCAGCUGUAGUCAUCAAUGGGCUGAAGGCCGUAAAGGAGGCGAUGGUGACUAAGGCUGCUGAUUUUGCUGGACGACCCCAAGACUUGUUUAUUAAUGAUGUCACCAAAAGGAAAGGUGUCGUUUUGGUAGAUUAUGGCUCUAGUUGGAGGGAACAUCGUCGCUUUGCUCUGAUGACUUUGAGGAACUUUGGUCUGGGGAAGCACUCAAUGGAGGACCGGGUUCAUGAAGAGAUAAAGUACCUCGUUAGUACGCUGAAAGAGAGCGUUGGUAAAACCAUGAGUCCUGGAGUUAUGUUUCACAAUGCUGCCUCCAACAUCAUCUGCCAGGUUCUGUUUGCGAGACGCUUUGAGUAUGAUGAUGCGCUAAUCAAACAGAUUGUUCAGUGCUUCACUGAGAACUCCAAGCUAGCCGUUGGACCGUGGGCUAUGCUCUAUGAUUCGUUCCCUAUAAUUCGUAACCUGCCACUGCCGUUUCAAAAGGCCUUUGAGAAUUUUGAGACUUAUGGGACUAUUGCAAUUGGUUUUAUCAAUGAGCACAAGAAGACCAGAGUCCCUGGAGAGCCACGAGACUUUAUUGACUGCUAUCUGGAUGAACUUGAGAAGAGAGGCAAUGACGGUUCUUCAUUUUCAGAAGAACAGCUCAUUAUGUACUCUUUAGAUCUUCAUGGUGCUGGGACUGACACCACCUCCAACACACUCCUUACUGCUUUCCUUUACCUUAUGACCUUCCCACACAUACAAGACAGAUGUCAGCAAGAGAUAGACCAAGUACUGGAAGGGAAGUAUCGGGCCAGUUUUGAAGACAGGAACGAGAUGCCUUACACCCAGGCUGUGAUUCAUGAAGUGCAGAGAGUUGCCAACACUGUUCCUCUCAGUGUCUUCCACCGCACAACUACAGACACAGAGCUCAUGGGAUAUUCCAUUCCCAAGGGAACAAUGAUCAUUGAGAAUCUGACCUCAGUGCUCAACGAGGAGGGACAGUGGAAAUUCCCUCAUGAAUUCAACCCUGAAAACUUCCUUGAUGACAAAGGAGAGUUUGUUAAACCAGAGGCCUUCAUGCCUUUCUCUGCAGGUCCUCGGAUGUGUCUCGGAGAGGGUCUGGCUCGCAUGGAGCUCUUUCUCAUUAUGGUGACUCUGCUGAGGAAGUUUAAAUUCAUCUGGCCCGAGGAUGCAGGAGAACCAGACUUCACUCCAGUCUUUGGGAUCACAAUGACUCCCAAACCUUACUGCAUGAAGGUCCAACUAAGAAGGCCACAGUGAGGCAGUGUGAAUACAAAGAAGCAGAUGGAAAUAGAAUGCCAGUUAGUUUAGAAAGGUCAUUUUAAAAUAGGAAAUACACUGACUCAUCCUGCUGGGAAUGAGAUGGGAUGAGACAGCAUUUAUGUAAUGGUUCUCAAAUGGUAGGAAACAGCAAAGGGAAAAAAUUAGAAAAGCAAAGCUGAAUGAGUCUGAUUUAUGUAGGAAAAAGACAAUAAACAAGAUGCUCACACACUCA